AUGCCUUUAACUCAAAACAAAGAAGUUUCCAAUAAUAAAUUCGAAGUUUCAAAAUUAACAUUUGGAGCGGCCGUCUUUAAUGGCUUGCAUAAUCGUAUUGGAGAAGAUUGGCCGUCAUUAUCUGUUCGAAGGGCUCUUGAAUUAGACAUUAACGCAUUUGAUACUAGCCCAUAUUACGGCGAAGGUGAAAAUAUUCUUGGUUCUGCCCUUUACAAUUUGCGAGAUGAAUUUUCUCGUUCUAGUUAUUACAUAUUCACCAAAGUAGGUCGGUACGGCCUGAAAGAUUUUGAUUACUCUGCCAAACGAAUUCGACAAAGUGUUGAAGAAAGUUGUAGACGAUUACGCACCGAUUAUUUGGACGUUGUAUAUGCGCAUGAUGUAGAAUUUGUUAAACGUGAAGAUAUUGUUGAAGACGGUGGGGCUUUGCCUGAGUUAUUUAAGCUAAAGAUAGAAUUAAUUUUCCUUGUAUUAUUUCUAGGAUAUCCUUUAGAUGUUCUUUUGGAUAUAACACGACUUCAAUACGAUCGCAAUCAACCGAUUGAUGUUAUUCUAUCUUAUUCUCAUUACUGUCUUCAUAACAUUAAAUUAUCAGACUAUAUUCAAGAAUUUAAUCGUGUUGGGGUUCGUUACAUAAUGAAUGCAUCUCCGCUUAGCAUGGGACUUUUGCGUAAUAAUGGUCCACCAGUUUGGCAUCCAGCUUCAAAUGAGUUACGACAUGCUGUUGCGCAAAGUUCAACGCUUGCUUCCAGGAAUAAUUUAAACAUUUCUAAAUUAGCAAUUCAAUUCGCUUUAGAUUUGAGUGGCAUCACUAGUACUGUAAUCGGAUUAUCAAAUCCAACUGAAGUUGAGGAUGCUAUUUUAUACCUUAAAGAAGUACAAGCGAGACAAAAGGGAGAGGUAGUAACUCCGGAAAUUGAAAAGAGGGUCUUGACUGAAAUACAUCAAAUUCUUAAACCUUAUUUCAAUUUGAGUUGGGAGUCUCCUCCAAAAAAUCAUUGA